CUAUGCUGUUGUUGGUUGUUGUCAGUGUUUUUCUCUCCGUGGGUCACUCAGAUCCCGCUGUGGGCUCCUCGUAUGUCGCUGGGGUCUACGAGCACCACGUCAUCCUGAACCCGGAUCCUAUAGUCCCUGUGAACCGCAGCGAAGCUCUGCAACACCUGAAGAAGAACCUGGACAUCUACGAGGAGCAGGCAGCCCGGGCAGCAAAGCAGGGGGCUCAGAUCCUCGUGUUUCCAGAAGAUGGCCUCCAGGGUUUCAACAACUUCACCCGCUCAGCCAUCUACAGCUACCUGGAAACCAUUCCUGACCCCCAGCAGGAGAGCUGGAACCCUUGCACAGAGCCGGGAAGAUACAAAAACACUGAGGUUCUCCAGAGGUUGAGCUGCAUGGCCCGUCGGUACAACCUCUACCUGGUGGCAAACAUGGGCGACCUGCAGCCCUGUCCCCUGCAGAGCCCUCCGUCCCCCAUCUGUCCCCCUGAUGGACACUGGCAGUUCAACACUGAUGUGGCUUUCAGUUCGGAUGGGCUGCUGGUGGCACGCUAUCAUAAAUACAACUUGUUCUACGAGCGGGCCUUCGACAAACCUCCGCAGCCUGAGAUCAUAACAUUUGAUACGCCUUUUGCGGGAAAGUUUGGCCUCAUCAUCUGCUUUGACAUCCUGUUCCAUGAUCCUACAAUAGCCCUGGUGGAGAAGGGUGUACGUCAGCUGAUCUUCCCCACAGCCUGGAUGAGCAAGCUUCCCCUCCUGGACUCCAUCCAGUUUCAGCGGGCGUUCAGUCUGGGUGCUAAUGUCAGUCUACUGGCUGCAAACAUCCGCUACGACCCACUCAACAUGUCAGGAAGCGGAAUCUACACGCCUUUUUCUGCCACCUACCACCACGCAAAGACAGGAGAGCCAGAGGAGGGGAGGCUGCUGGUGGCAAGAGUGCCAGUGCUAGACCCACUGUGGGUGGGACAGGGUGUAGCUACAGAGUCAUCAUCAUCAUCGGCUACAGAUUCUGGCUACUUCCACCAAGACAGCUGCAUUGAUCCUCCUCCUCCUUCUUCGGUCCCUCCCUCCUACAUCACCUUCACCUCAUUAAUGAUGAAUGAUCCAUAUACAUUCAUCCUCUUAAACAACACAGAGGACAAGCUUCAAGUGUGCAACGGCACUUUUUGUUGUCACCUGCAGUACAGGUUUCUACCACAAGAUGGCAGUAAAGAGCUCUAUGCUCUGGGUGCCUUUGCAGGAAUGCACAGACAUUACGCCCUGCAGGUGUGUGCAGUUGUCCGCUGUGCAAACCUGGAAGCCAGCUCCUGUGGAAAAGGAGUGAAAGAAGCAGAGUCGAAAAUGGAGUUUGUUCUUGAGGGGACGUUCGGGACCAGAUAUGUGUAUCCAUCAGUUUUGGCGAGCAGUGUGGUCCUGGAGGAGCCAAAGAGUCUGCAGAAAACUGCAGAUGGGAGAGUGACCAUGAAACACUGGAACAUGACAGGCGGUCUGGUUACUGCCUGUCUGUAUGGACGAAUGUACCACCUGGACCAUGAGUAGAUGUGCCACAAAGAGAGGGCCAUUAAAUGCAUUUAAAAUGAUAAAAACAGUUAA